GAUCUGGCUCAAAGCGAGUCUAAACCGUAACGAUUGUCGGUAAGACCGGCCGCAGCUAAUGAUCCCCAGUCCGUUCAGACGAGAGAGUGGAAUUUGGAAACUUCCGACAAGUCGACGGCUCGCCAGCUCUCAGAGACGAUCUACGAGAUCUCUCUCUUCACACUCCGAAUAAGGCCCUUCCUCCGAGUCCCUGGAUUCGUUCUUCUGACGAAGUAGUUCUUGGAGGGGGCAAUAGGCUUCGACCGCACUUCCGACUUCGUUUGGCGGGAAAUCGAGCUCCGUCCUCAUCUAAAUCGGUACUUCAAUCGAUACGUCUCAGUUCCGAUUUCGUUUGGCGAGAAAUCGAGUUCUCCGUGCUCAUCUAAAUCGGUACGUUUCAGUUCCGGUUUCGUUUGUCGGGAAAUCGAGCUCUGUCCUCACCUAAAUCGGUACUUCGAUCGAUACGUUUCUGUUAACAAGUAGAAUUUUGAGUGGACGCUGAGGAGCGAGGAUAAAUGUGACGAUGGGAAUUCCGGAGAAUGAGAAAGGCCUGAUACUGGCAGUGUCGUCGAGCUUGUUCAUCGGAGCUAGUUUCAUCCUCAAGAAGAAAGGUCUCAAGUGUGCCGCUGUUUCGUCUGGUACUCGCGCUGGUCAUUCAGUGAUAACAGUUUCACUUACUAUACUGCAGGAGUUGGAGGUUACACUUACCUACUAGAACCACUUUGGUGGGCAGGCAUGUUGACAAUGGUAACUGGAGAGGUUGCAAAUUUUGUGGCUUAUGUUUAUGCUCCAGCGGUUCUUGUGACCCCCCUUGGUGCACUGAGUAUAAUUGUGAGUGCUGUUCUAGCACACUUUGUGUUGAAGGAACGACUGCAGAAAAUGGGUGUGCUUGGAUGUGUGUCCUGCAUUGUGGGGUCAGUGGUGAUUGUUAUCCAUGCACCUCAAGAGUAUACCCCAAAUUCUGUAGAAGAAAUCUGGAGUUUGGCUAUUCAACCAGCAUUUUUAAUUUAUGUGGCUGCUGCGUUAUCUAUCGUCCUAGCUUUGAUUUUUCAUUUUGAGCCACGCUGUGGACAGACAAACAUACUGAUCUACUUGGGAAUUUGUUCUUUAAUGGGUUCAUUGACGGUUGUAAGCAUAAAGGCAAUUGGAAUUGCAAUAAAGCUUACACUGGAAGGGAUAAAUCAAUUUGAAUAUCCUCAGACAUGGUCUUUUGUAACAGUUGCAGUAAUCUGUGUGAUCACACAGUUGAAUUAUCUCAACAAGGCUUUGGACACAUUCAAUGCAGCAAUUGUUUCUCCAAUAUAUUAUGUGAUGUUCACAACUCUGACAAUUAUUGCAAGCAUUAUAAUGUUCAAGGAUUGGUCAGGUCAGGAUGCGAGCAAUAUAGCAUCUGAGAUAUGUGGAUUCAUCACAGUGCUUUCAGGAACCAUAAUACUUCAUGCAACAAGAGAACAGGAACAACCCACUACUGCAGGAACCAUAACGUGGUAUACUGGAGAAUCAAUGAAGGGUAUCGACGAGGCACAUUUCAUCACGGUGCAUAAUUCAGACUAUUUCCAGUGAUGCUCCAAAUCCAGACUUGUUGAAUUGCGGACUUCUUUCUUUCAGACUGUUACAGAAAGAACACGAAGCCCGAACUAAUGAAGCUACCAGUGGACGGGUAUUAAAGCAGAGAAGAGGUCCUUUUUGCAGUCGCCAAAUUUUGGGGUCUCGGCGUUGGGGCAGUUUGUUCAUCGCAACCACCCUGUCACGCAGAAACUCUUGAAAUCAAUAUCAUGCUCGGCAUGGAAUGAAGUUUUGGUUAGUAUGUCAACCUCAAUACACGUGUUUUGGUUGAGAUUUGAGAAUUGAGAAUCUUUGUGCUGCCCACUAGGUUUUGUACAUAUCUAUGCCCCGUGUCUUGUUUGAUGCUUUAGUGGGUAUAGUUUAAGCUGUUACUAAAAGUUGGAUUUAUUCUUUGACUAACUUUGGAGUGUAAUGCUUGGUUGGUGUGGUGAUACAGUUGCUUUAUCAUUAUUAUUUAAAAUAGAAGCAAAAUCCAUUGGAUUAUAUGUUAAAAAUUUAAUAUUUAAUAGAGUUUCUCUU